AUGCCAUGUGCUUUAAGAAGGUUGUUUGCCACCGUUCUAAUUUUUUGUGAGCCAACAGAUGUAAGAAGUCUGUGGGACGAGUUUCUUGCAUGUAUGGUGGAUGAUUACGCAUCAACAAGCACUACAACCUCUCUAACCUCGGACAACGACAACAACAACUUCAUGCCUAGAAUUAUUCAAGAAGAAAUGUCCAUCGAAGUUCCUCAAGAAGACCUGUGUUCUAUAGAAAGAUUGAAUCAUGACCAGUCUGCAGCUUUCAGGUGCAUUAUGAAUACAAUUGAUCGAAGAGAAAGUGGAGUGUUCUUCGUGGAUGGACCAGGAGGAGCAGGUAAGACAUUUCUUUACAGAGCUAUAAUUGCAGACUUAAGAAGUAAAGGGCAUAUUGUAUUGGUAAUUGCGUCCUCAGGAAUAGCUACAACUUUACUGCCUGGUGGUCGAACACCUCAUUCUAGAUUUAAGAUCCCAAUCAAUGCAGAGCCAUCCUCCACGUGCAGUAUAAGUAAACAAUCUGAUCUUGCAAAACUGAUUAGGCAGACGACCGCGAUAAUUUGGGAUGAAGCGCCAAUGACUAAUAAAGAGACAAUGGAAUCACUGGACCGCACAUUACGAGACAUCUUAGAAAACAAUAAUCCAUUUGGAGGGAAGGUGAUGGUUAUGGGAGGGGAUUUUCGCCAAGUACUACCUGUUGUGCCGAAAGGAAGUAAGUCGCAAAUGAUUUCAGCUUCUAUUGUUAAAUCACAUUUGUGGGCAUUCACCAAAAUUCUCCACCUACGACAGAAUAUGCAAUCCCUUAAUGAUCGUGAUUUUGCGGAGUAUCUUAUGCGCACAGGGGAUGGGAUUGAGCCUACCAUAUGUGAAGACUUGGUACAAAUAGAAGUAGGCAUGGCAAUACCAUGGGAAGAUGAAUGA